GUCCGUAUGAUUUUUUUUUUAUGUUUCAUAGAUAACACGGUCAAGGGGCACUCUUUGAAUCCGUCAGUAUUGGUGAAUAUUUAACCCUCAGCCAACCCCCUUUCUGCUUUCCACAUCCUCCCCCUUCUUCCCCUUCUGUGUUCUUACCUUUUCACGAUUAAUCUCAGUAGAAACUGGGACUCAGCAUGACAUCCAAUCCCAACAGCUGGAACCACAACCCGGUGUCGCGUUCUAUCUUCAGAAACGCUUUGCGGGCAUAAAGACCUCUGAAAACAUCGGUGGAGAAAGCCUUUGCCUCGUUAGGACGUACCCCCCCCCACCCCCUCCUCCUCGGUUGAGGAUCCAGCUCAGCUAUGGAACCCUGAAAAAAGACUGGGUAGCUACUUGGACCAGAAAAGUAGAGCCCCCCCCCAAAAAAACAAAAAUGGCGUCCGUCGGCUUGCAGAUGAUGGGCUAUUUCAUGGCGCUGUUGGGUUUGUUGGGCGCAGUCAUCGCUACGCUCCUUCCCGAUUGGAAGGUCAGCUCCUACAUCGGCGCCAGCAUCGUGACGGCCGUGGGUUUCAACAAGGGGCUGUGGAUGGAAUGCGCCGUCUUCAGCACGGGCAUCACCCAGUGCGACAUCUACAACUCCAUGCUGGGUCUGCCGCCGGAGACCCAAGCCGCCCAAGCCCUCAUGAUCACCUCCUGCGUGGUCUCUGGCCUCUCCGCCCUCCUCUCCGUCUUCGGCAUGAAGUGCACCAUCUUCAACCAAGGGAACCCCGGCAAGGACAAACUGGCGGUGACCGGCGGCGCCUUAUUCGUCCUAGGCGGGGUCAUCUGCAUGGUGCCCAUCUGCUGGAACCUGCACACCAUCCUGGCCGACUUUUACAACCCGCUGCUCCCGGACGCCCAGAGGUACGAGAUCGGGUCGGCCCUGUACCUUGGCAUCAUGUCUUCGAUAUUCUCCGUGGUGGGCGGCGCCAUCCUAUGCGCUUCGUGCCCCCGCAGGGAGCCCGAGCAGGGCUUUUAUAGCAAGUACCAGAGGAGCAGGACGGUGACGUCCAACAAAGGACCCAACCCCAAGGUAGAGAAUAGCGGCUACAGCCUCACAGGUUACGUAUAGAAGGAGACCUUUAAAAGAACGUAAACUCUCUACUCCAGGCUUCACCGAUCGGUAGUCGAUCCCGUACGCCACAUACUGCCGAGUCAGUGGACUUAAGAGACUUGCUAAUCCUAUUCAUUAGUUCUGCUUCACCGGAGAAAAAAAAAACUGACUUAACGGGACGGGCAGCGUACUAGAAUUCUUCAUUUAGUUCCUCCGAUAGACGGAAUGUUUGACUGUUAGAAAAAAAAAAAUGCAACUUUAACUUUUUCGCCUUCCUCUGGAUCAACUGUGGGUAUAGAAUUGGAUAUA